AAGUUACCAUCUCUAAUUUAACACCACCCUGAUUUCUACGUGUCCUAUAAAUUUGUUGCUGCAUAUAUCUUUUUGUUGAACGACGUAAAAAUAGACAAUGACUGGAAUUAAAGGCAUAGUUGCAAAAUAUUAUAACGACUAUGUCGAAAAUACACCUCGAAAACUAAAGUUGGUGGACACUUAUUUGGCAUACGUACUCCUUACCGGCGUUAUUCAGUUCGCGUAUUGUUGUUUAGUCGGCACAUUCCCCUUCAACUCGUUCCUGUCGGGCUUUAUAAGUACUGUAAGCUGCUUCGUACUGGGAGUUUGUUUGCGGCUUCAGGCGAAUCCACAAAAUAAAGCGAUAUUUGUAGGUAUUUCUCCGGAACGAGGUUUUGCCGAUUUUAUUUUUGCCCACGUUAUACUACAUUUAGUAGUUAUGAAUUUUAUUGGAUAAAUAUAUUAUGCGAUAAUGAUACA